AUGGGCAAGAUCGCUUCGUUACUCUUCUAUUUGUAUCACGAGCAGAAGCGCGACAUAACCGCCAAGCAGGAGCACCCUACCUCUGGGUGGGAUCGCUCAUCUAUGCGUCGCUGUUGGGAAUUCUUGGACAUGACAAGUAGAAGCUUUGCUGCAGUUAUAAAGGAAUUGGAAGGAGACCUUGCACGAACGAUUUGCAUUUACUACUUGGUCUUACGGGGUCUGGACACUAUUGAGGAUGAUAUGACUAUUGCGGACGAAAUCAAGCAACCCAUGCUUAGGGCUUUUCACGAAAAGACCGUGACGCCCGGUUGGUCCUUCUCUGGUAACGGCCCCGACGAGAAGGAUAGACAACUUCUAGUCGAAUAUGAUACCGUCGUUGAGGAGGUGAACCGUCUCGCUCCGCAGUACAAGGCCAUCAUUCUUGACAUCUGCCAAAAAAUGGAGGUUGGCAUGGCGGACUACGCCCAUAAGGCUGCCACUACAGGUUCGGUAUACCUCGAGACAGUCGCCGAGUACGACCUCUAUUGUCAUUAUGUCGCUGGCCUCGUGGGUGAAGGUCUCACUCGUAUAUGGGGUGCCUCCGGAAAGGAAUCCCCAUGGCUCUGCGAUCAAAUGGAACUCGCCAAUUCUAUGGGGCUUCUACUACAGAAGACCAACAUCAUCCGUGACUUUCGGGAAGACGUCGAGCAGCGGCGGUUUUUCUGGCCAAGGGAGAUCUGGGCCAAGUACGGGUUCGAGGAGAUGAAAGAUAUGUUUGAAAAGGGCGACGUGGAACACGCAACGUGGAUACAAAGCGGCAUGAUCGUGGACGCUCUUCGACAUGCUUGUGACUCUUUGGACUAUCUUCGGCUGCUCAAGAAUCAGAGCGUGUUCGUAUUCUGUGCCGUGCCGGCGUGUAUGGCUAUGGCGACCCUUGCGCUUUGCUUCAUGAACCCUGAAAUGUUCCAGCGAAACAUAAAAAUUAGAAAAGCGCAAGCUGCCGAUCUUAUAAUGCGGUCUACAAACGCUAGGGAUGUCGCCCUUAUAUUCCGGGAAUACGCUCGCAAGAUUCAUGCGAAGGCGAAGCCACAGGAUCCCAACUUUCUUCGCAUAUCCGUGAUGUGUGGCAAGAUUGAACUGUGGUGCGAACAAAACUACCCAUCCUUUAUCAUCCUGGAAGGGAACCGCAUCACUUACGAUCCAUCGGACAAACGGACGGUAGUGAUUAAGAUGGAAGAAAAGCGGGCCGAGGCUUCGACACCAUCAGAUUCUGAUAUGCUCCCAUGGGAGCUAGCUACCUAUAUCGUUGGUGCCUUUGCCCUUGUCAUCAGUCUCAGCGCCCUCGUUGGGUAUGUUGUUCUCAAAGUGUAUGGAGAGUAGCAAAUUUCUUUCCCUGCUGAGACUUAGUAUAACGUAUGAUACCUACGUCGUGUUUCCAUUAUGGAUUGAUUUCUGCAAGAUGGUAGUCUUAGCAUGAAUCACAUUUGCGUGGACACCGUGAUUAGACCGGAGUUAUAAACCACCCUGUGUCUCGCUACGACGCAAAUGGAGCCUCAAUGCUGUGCAUAUUGGACAUCAUAUGACAGGCUGCCUGCGACUAUAAUUACUG